AUGGCAUACAAGUACGAGAAUUAUGACCCCUCCUUCCCCGACCAACCCGUGGUUGACUUAUACCUCCCAGUUUGGGCCAGGUUAGCAGCCUUGAAGUCCAAGCCAGCCUUCAUUUGGGCUCAAGACUUGUCCACCUCCACUCUUCUCACCUACCAACAACUUAAUUCCACCGUUGAUGUCAUCUCCUCUCGGCUACUCUCUCCUCCAUUACAAAAAAGAGGUGACACUGUCCUUCUUCUCUGCUCUCCAGGACUUGACCUAGUUGAGCUCAUCUUCGCGUGCCAAAGAGCUGGUCUUUUGAGCGUCCCCAUCAUCCCUCCUCACCCUGCCUUCGCUAAAGAAAACUAUCACCAUCUCAUACGAGCCAUUUCACAGACCAAGCCCAAAGCCGCCAUCGCUCACCCUCACUACAUAUCAAGCAUUCGACACUACGUGUCUUCUCCACAUAACAACAACAAACUUACUCACAUGUUGCAAAGCAUCCACUGGAUCUCCAUUGACGAACUCAAACAUGGACGUCAAGGUAAUAAUAACAUGGUUACUUUAAAUAAUCUUGAUUACCGUGGUUGCAAAGCAGAUGAGGUUUACUUGGUUCAGUACACGUCUGGUGCCACUGGGGUUCCAAAACCCGUGCUUGUCACAGCGGGUUCAGCCGCUCACAACGUUAGAACAGCGAGAAGAGCUUACGAUCUUCAUCCCAACAGCACAAUCGUUUCGUGGCUUCCACAGUACCAUGACUGUGGUCUCAUGUUUCUGUUGCUCACCGUUGUAUCUGGCGCUACUUGUGUUCUCACUUCCCCAACCGCGUUCAUCAAGCGCCCCAGACUCUGGCUUGAACUCUUGUCGGAAUUCAAGGCCACGUGCACUCCCGUUCCCUCCUUCACAUUGCCGCUCGUCAUCAAGCGUGGAGGAGUUCACCAGGGAGCUUCACCCCUCAACCUUUCAACUCUGAAAAACCUCAUAAUCAUCAACGAACCCAUCUAUAGAGACUCAGUGGAAGAAUUUUUUCACACUUUUUCUCCAUUUGGGUUAAGCCCUUCUUCUAUUUCUCCUUCCUAUGGGUUAGCAGAGAAUUGCACCUUUGUGUCCACUGCGUGGAGGAGCGUUAAUAGUGACAACGAUGGUGUCGGUGCUGGUGCCAAUUCUUCAAGCUUCCCAGAUUUUCCAGCUCACAACAAACUCUUACCGGUUGCAAGGCUCGGAAACGUGGAAGAGGAAGACGUGGAAAUCAUGGUUGUUAAGGAAGAAACGUUGGAGCCAGCUGAAGAUGGUGUUGAAGGAGAAAUUUGGGUUGCUUCCCCAAGCAACGCUUCUGGGUACCUUGGCCACCCUUGUUUUACAAGAGAAGUGUUUCAUGGAAGACUAAGAAACGUGGUUAGUAAGUGCUUUCUUCGAACUGGGGACAGAGGCAUAGUGAAAGGAGAAAAAAGAUAUCUUUUUGUCACUGGUCGCUGUCAAGACGUUAUGGAACUCCGAAACGGUCAAAAGGUUCAUCCACAUUACAUAGAGACUGCGGCUUAUAAUAGUUGCACGAAGUUACUCAGAGGUGGUUGCCUUGCUGCGUUUAAAGUUUCAUCAAUGGUGGCGGUUGUGGCAGAGAUGCAGAGGAUCAAAAAGGGUAUUGAAAAGGGUGUGUUGAAGAGAAUUUGUGAGGGAAUUAAGGAAGCUGUUUGGGAGAAUGAGAAGGUGGAGGUUGGAUGGGUGGUUUUGGUUGAGAGUGAGAGUGUUCCGAAAACCACUUCUGGGAAAUUGCAAAGAGGGAAGGCUAAGGAGAAGCUUCUUGCAGGGGGAAUGAAGAUUCUGAUGGAGAUGCAGUUUGGAAAAGAUGUUUCUGUUUCUAAGAUAGCACAGACGAAGGUAAGACAAGUGGCUUGGGAAGAAAACGUAACUGGUUCACUUUUAUGUGUAGAAGCUCAUAGCACAUUAAUGUCACUUCUAUGA